UCAAGACAAAGCAAAAUGAUCGCCACCAAGAUGAUCUGAGCAAUCAUACAAGACGUAUAGGCUACACACAGGUAAUGGCUCGGUCAAGCCUUACUUGGUUUGUUUUGCCUCAUGUGACCCUUUCCCCUGUUUGAACGCCCCUCCCCAACAUUCUCUACACAUACAUUAUUGCGCUCUCCAAAGGAAGAAGACCCCGAGCAGACCACCAACAACCCAACAUCCGUGACCACGCCAAGACAGCUCCACCGAAACCAACAACUCAAACGGUGGUAAACUAACUGAUUUCAUGCCCGUGCUCUGGGGUGCCUGGUUUAUAGGACAACAAGUUUCCUUUCUUGGAUGCAGAGAGUGAACUGACUGUGCUGUUCAGAGGCUGAGACUGUUCUUCUGCCGGUUACGCGCUCGUCUUUCAUUUUAUUUAUAUGUGGGUGAGCAAAUGUAGCACCUCCCAGCUUCGUUGGUCAUAGAUCUGGUCUCUCCUUGUAGACUAUACACUUACUGUACGUACAACAUGCAUGUUAGAUUUAGCGCGGUCCUAUAGCUGAGGAGGGACCCUAGGCUUGUCCAAAGGGCCCCCUCAUUCUCACCACCAUCCACGAUCUCUCUCCUGUACUUCGGAUCGCAAGAUAGUGCUGAAACAUGCCGAGACACUUGCAGUGCAGCUCGGUUCCAUCCCAGGUCGGCGUGACGGGUUCUGUUUUGUAACUGGAUCUACUCUGGGGCAUGGUCUGCCUCACCACAGCUGAAGAGAACUAUUGCAAAUGACUUAAAAGUGCAAAGAGUAGCAAUAACUGCCCAAUAGCGAGGUGAAGAAUACAGAAGAUCUAUACACCAAUAUUCAAAUCGAUGUUCGAUCAAGCCACGAAUAUGGGCGAUGAGAUCGCCGAGGAUCGCAACAACGACCACCGCCUUGGAUCCAACUCUCAGUGCCGUGACGGGAUAGACAAAUGCCAUACCGAAAUUGGGGGCAGGUCGCCGGUGCAGAGCACAACCGAUACCCCGGGUACAUCGGCUUCCACCCCGACCUCCUCCAGUGAAGACGGACAUGAUAAACUUUUAGGAGUGGACCCAGACUACUGCCGGAGGAUUUUAGUUCGAGAUGCCAAGGGCACCAUCCGGGAGAUCGUGUUGCCAAAGGGCCUGGACCUCGACAGGCCAAAACGAACGCGGACAUCAUUCACCGCCGAGCAGCUCUACCGGCUCGAGCUCGAGUUCCAGCGCUGCCAGUACGUAGUCGGCCGCGAGCGCACUGAGCUGGCGAGGCAGCUGAACCUGUCCGAAACACAGGUCAAAGUGUGGUUUCAGAACCGUCGUACCAAGCAGAAGAAAGACACAACCAAGGACUCUGACAAGCGCUCCUCCUCCACCUCCGAGUCGCUGGCCACCUGUAACAUCCUGCGCCUCCUUGAGCAGGGGCGCCUCCUCUCCGCCCAGCCCCCCAACCCCCUAUUGGGCACCCACCACCCAGGAAACGGCUCUCUACUGGGCAGCCCCGGAGGCUCCUCCUCCUCGCCGGGUAGCAGCACACCACCGGGAAAUGGCGUUCAUGGGGUGGGCGGGACUUUCGGGCUGUCGUUGCCCUCCCUGGGUGGGACUCCGCCCUCGUCGCGUCUGGGCGUGCCGCCGUUGCACUCACUGUGCUUCUCCAUGCCGCUGCUAGGGGGCGCUCAUCAUGAACUGGCUUCCGGGUAUGGGUGCGGGUCCUCUGCGUUCGAACCCUACAUGCGGCUGGACAGGAUCUCCAAGGAUGGCGAUCUGACUGGGAAGAAGACAGUUUCCUAAGGGGCGGCUACUUGGGGUUUUGGGAUGGGGUUGGGAUGACUCCCCCCCUCUCUCCCUCCAUCCCUGCCUCUGGUCUACCACCACCUAUCCACACACCAACAUUGUUGUCCGUCGUUGGUUGGAUCACCAACAUCAUUGUCCAAGAUUGGCUGACAAGGAUGGACAGACAGACAGCUGGGAGGAGGUGCACCCCAGAAGGAGCAGGGCUAUCCUUGCACUGCCGUGUUGUGUCAUUGGUUGCACCCUGUACCCACCCGUUCUCCAGCUACUUGCUACUGAAUAUUGUCUAUAGAUUACAUUACAAGGAGUGCAACCAGUUACCCCUUCAAUACAUUACAUACUUCCCAGCAAAAUCAUCAUGUGUGGCAGCUUUCUGCCAGAACGUUCUAAGUAAAAUAAUCAUACACUUUAGCAGUUUCUAAUAUUAGUUCGUAUUGUAUAGUGUCCAACACUGAUUCCUGUAAAUUCUUUAUUUGGUUGGUUCUGUGUGUGUUUUAAAAUGUGGACAAAUGGUGUGUAAACUAAAGCUAGUCUUAGGUCAAAUCCAUGCUAAGAAAUGUAAAAAGAAAAGGUACUGGGGAUAUGUCCUCGCCAAAGUAACGGGUUAGCGAUAGCGUUGUUAGCUUCAUCUCUGCUCUGCGCUACACCCUCACGUUGUUUUGUCGUACCAUUAACUGGAGUAAAUUCGAGAUCAACCUGAUGAGCUUGACCCACUGACCUUUUAUCCCCUCCCAUGAGAUUAACUCUUGAUAUGUAAUUCACCAGUGAAACAGUAUCACUUUGCCUGCAGUAUGCGUUACCAUUGGCUACAGAGACUACUCUCUAGAUUAAAGCAAGCAGGUUACCCUGACAACCCCCGUUCAGAUAAUCUCAGAAUGUUUUGGAACACAAAGGGUUUAUCAUCAUGGGGGGAGGGAGGGUGGUGUAUUUGUUUUUAGUGUACAUAAGAUGCAACCCAUCUAUCUGGUACGUAUACUACCACAUCACCUGGUAUUCACCACUCCUUCCCUUGUGGUUGAAUGUUGAUCGCCUAGGUUUGGUGCACAUGCAUGCACACACACACACACACACACACACACACACGCACACGCACACGCACACGCACAGACACAGACACACACAGAGAAUUCCUAACCGGUUCAUAUCAAUACUUCUCCUUAUCUCAUGGAACUCUGUGUGUGAUGUUCUGAUAGGUCAACAUACACAGGAUCGCUUUUUAUCUGUUUUUAAUGUAAAUCUUUACUCAGAUUGGUACUUUCAAAGCCAGUUGCUUCUUUUUCCCUUCUCUUGUUGUUAUUUAACAAUGAUAUUUGGCUAUUCCCUCCCAGACACUCUCCUGUGCACAAGAAUCAUCCAUUGUUUGAUUUCCAUUAAUUUACCUUUGAUAUAAAGCACUUUAUGUUCCUAGAAGCUUUUCUCCAUUUUUCUCCCUUUUUUCUGGUUGAAAGUUUGUUCUCAUGAAAGAGAUCUUGAGAUAUCAGAUAUUCACAGGUUGUAUCACAAAUGGCACCCUUUUCCCCAUAUAGUGCACUACUAAUCCUCCCAACAGUCACUCUCCCAUAGGUACAGUUUUAAAUGCAAUGUAUUCGGACUACCCACUACCCAUUGAGGUGGCAGGUGGCCUAUUGGUUGGAGUGUUGGGCCAGUAACCGCAAGGUUGGUAGAUCAAAUCCGUGAGCUAAAAAUCUGUCGUUCUGCCCCUGAACAAGGCAGUUAACCCACUGUUCCUAGGCCGUCAUUGUAAAUAAGAAUUUGUUCUUAACUGACAUGUCUGGUCAAAUUAAAAAGACAGCUUAAGAGUUAGUUACAGGUUCUGGAUUCAGUUGUUGAACAUACAGAAGCAGGAGGACACAUGUUUUGAUUUUGCCCAAAGAGACCUGAAGAUCUGAGCCGUAUUGACUGUGACCAGACAACUUUUUUCCCUAUGCUCUGGCCAUUCAUAUUUAAUUCCCUACGUAAUAUCUGCUUGCUUUUAUUGUCAGUUGACUCUCUUCAUGGAGUCACAAUAGGCCACACAGAUAGAGCCAUCUUGAGCCCCCUAUCUCUUCUUCUCGUGAGUUCCCUGGUUGCUACAUGAUGACAUCAAUAAAACAUGGCCGACCUCAUCCUCACAAAUAAACGCUGAGGUAGGGUACAGUGUUUGGUUGUAAUUUUCUCAUGUUAAGCCUAACGUUUAUUAGGGAUACAGUAUUACGUUUUUGGCCGAUACCGAUAUCCAAUAUUUUCUUUGCCAAAAAACCCGAUACCGACAACCGAUAUUUAACAUUUUAGCGGCCUUUUAAGCAUUCUUGUACAGUUAAAAAGUUGAAACACACACACACACACACACACACACACUAACCAAAAAGUUAUUUUGUUGGCAUUUACGUAUGUCCCCAUUACCAGUAAAACAUAAUCAAAACCUAUUUCUUUCACUUACUUGCUGUGCUGUUUCCUUGUUCAUUUGUUCUGUCGUUUCAUUCUCAACCAGGAUUUCAUCAUACAUGUCAAGCAGUGAAGUUUCAGCUCUGUCUGUCCGUGGGUCCUCUUCCUCGGUGCGCACUGUCACUGUGUCCAUUUCCAUCUUGUCCAGCUGUGUCUGUAACAUUUCACGUAAGCCCUGUUUCUUGUCUGCAUCGAAGUAGCGGUCCAGGUACCUAGCAUCGAGCAUGGUGGCGACACAGGGAAGAGGCUCAGAGAGAAUGUCACCGAAUCGCUUGCCUCUAGUAGAGUACUUUUUCAAGUUUUAACCCCACGUUCUGUGUCGGCAGUUUUUUUGAGGAGGCAUUUCAAUGCCGUGACAGAGGGUAUCACGUCUGCUGCAGAGGCAGUUGAUGAGCUUAUUUCUCAAGUCAGUUGUUCGAAUGGAGCUAGGAGUGUGUUCAUGUUUCCAAGUUUCAAACAUGUUCCCAAAUGUCAUUGAAAUGGCAGCAGCGGUAUGAGAACCAGCACAUUCUUGAGCAUGCAAUACGGCUUUCCUCAGUACGAAAUCCUCGUCGACCCACUGUGCUGUCAGACUAAGCAUGCUCAUGGGGCUGACAUUGCUGGUCCAAAUGUCAGUUAUGACGCUAAUAGCAGUGACGCCCAUAGCAAGUAGCUCAUUGAUGUGCAUUUCAACGAUACCGUGUAACUCCGGUAGGGCUACGUCUGAAAAAUACCACCUACAAGGUAGUGUGUACCGGUGCUCUAGGUGCUCGACCAUUCGGGGAAAGCCAACAUCAUCCACGACAGAAAACUGUUGAUUGUCAAGGGCAAUGAAUUCCAUUAUCUUGGCGUCAAUGGAUUUCACCUUUGAGCUGUCUCGCUGAAAUGUUCCUACUCUUUCAAAUGACUGCUUGACUUGAAUUAGUUUAAUUGUUGGAAGUAUGCGCUUAUUUUUUCCCAGCUUUUUUUCGCUGAACGUCUGGGGGUGAUGCACUUUCAAAUGAGUAAUUAGGUUUGUGGUAUUGAACGAUUUCACUUUCUCCCCUCUGGAAAUAAUAGCAGCGUAAACAUUGCAUAUGGCCUUUUUGUUAUCUUCCUUUGAAACACCAAAAUAGAUCCACACAGCAGACAUUUGGGGCUAGGUUAGGAAUGCUGUGUUGCACGUGUAGCGCUGUAUUUUUCGCGGCGUCAUUACGUCAUCUACCUACGUUAUAUAGGUAUGCACGUCAGCUUUGACAUCGGUUUUGCGUUAAACUAGACAUCGGGCCGAUGCCGAAGUUGGCAUUUUUAGCUAAUAUCGGCCGAUUCCGAUAUGCUUACCGAUAUAUCGUGCAUCCCUAAUGUUUAUGUUUCACGAAGCUAUAGGCCUACAGUGUCGCAGUGCUGCUAUUUAGAAUGCUGGCUGGUGGCAAUAAUGUAUUUACUUGUUCAGUAAUUAAAGUGGGAAAUUCAAACAUUGAAGAUUGUAAUAUGAAUUUUUCGAUGCAACAGCACACUAAUCAGUAACCAAUAAAUUAUUGUUUGAAUAUACAACUGUCCUGUUAGGUCUUAUAGCCUACCUUAGCCUUCCUUGUGCUCUCUCGUAGCUUGGGUAAAAAGUUUGUGCUGCUUAAAACCAGUGUAUUAUUGAGCGUUAAUAGAAUCAGUCCACCGUCAAAGCAAUAGCUUACUAGGGAUUGUUUCAUUAUGCAGACAAUGCAGUCUAGCCUACAAAUAGCUCAAUGUGGUCUCAGAGCAUUUCGUACUGUUUUGUACGUAAAACCAAGACAUUAAAUUUUUUUAACUAGGCAAGUCAGUUAAGAACAAAUUCUUAUUUACAAUGACUGCCUACCCCGGACGAUGCUAGGUCAAUUGUGCGCUGUCCUAUGGGACUCCCAAACACAGCCAGAUGUGAUACAGCCUGGAUUCAAACCAGGGACUGUAGGGAUGCCUCUUGCACUAAGACGCAGUGCCUUAGGCCGCUGCGCCACUCAGGAGUCCAUUUAGCAUGAUAUGUUAUGUUUGGUAUGUAUUAAUUCGUGAAUGUCCAUCAUCCAUUUAAUAUGUUACAAAUUACACAUUAUGUUACAAAUUCCAAUUUGUUGUAACUAAUGUUUACUAGUACUAGGGAUUAUUUUUUUAACCUUUAUUUAAUUAACUAGGCAAGUCAGUUAAGAACAAAUUCUUAUUUACAGUGACAGCCUACCGGGGAACAGUGGGUUAACUGCCUUAUUCAGGGGCAGAACAACAUAUUUUUACCUUGUCAGCUCAGGGAUUCAAUUGAGUAACCUUUACGGUUACUGGCCCAAUGCUCUAACCACUAGGCUACCUGCCACACCAGUUAGGGUUAGGGGAAGGGUUAACUGAAACGGUUAAAGUUAGGGUUAGGGGAAGGGUUAGCUAAAAGGGUUAGGGUUAGGAGAAGUGUUAGCUAAAAGAGUUAGGGUUAGGAGAAGGGUUAGCUAAAAGGGUUAAGGUUAGGGUUAGGGGAAGGGUUAGCUAAAAGGGUUAGGGUUAGGAGAAGUGUUAGCUAAAAGGGUUAAGAUUAGGGUUAGGGGAAGGGUUAGCUAAAAGGGUUAGGGUUAGGGAGAGGGUUAGCUAAAAGGGUUAGGAGAAGGGUUAACUAAAAGAGUUAGGAGAAGGGUUAGCUAAAAGAGUUAGGGUUAGGAGAAGGGUUAGCUAAAAUGGUUAAGGUUAGGGGACGGGGACGGGUUAGCCAAAAGGGUUAGGGUUAGGGGAAUAGUUAGCUAACAUGCUAAGUAGCUGCGAAGUAGACAAAAAGUAGUAAGUAGUUGCAAAUAUUCUGAAGUUGUCCGUGAUGAGAUUUGAACACACAAACCUUUGCGUUGCUGACGUUCACAUUAUGCACUAACCCAACCACAUCCGCUUCGUUUGUGCCUUAAGUAACCUUAUGCAACCGUCCAUACCAAAUGUAACAUAUCAUACUAAUUUGAGUGUUCUGGAUUUACAUUUACUAUGUUACUUCCAGUCUAUGAAACCAGUAUGUAUAGCUAUAUACAGUAUUUAGCUGGUAACCUAUUUAUAUUACACAUUGGAACUCACCCUACACGCUGACGGGGCUAUCCGUCUCAUCACUCGUAGGCUUACCAGUUUUUCACAGAAGGUGGGUUGCUCUCAUAGAAUUUGAUUUGAUUUGAGCAUCGCUGGGUCUCUGGCAGUCGUCAGCUUGGUUUUUGGGGGGGAGAGAAGGAGGAGAAACAGGGCCGGCACUCUCACUAGAGGAACUGUCACUAUUCUCGAGGGGAGGAAGAAGAAGAGGAGGAGCAAGGCUACUGUCAUUGCCGGGGCCAGGCAGUGAGGUCUCUUUCGGGACUGGGAGGCUGCUAGUGCUAGCUAGCUGUUGCAUAAGUAGGUCUACUAGCUUCCACCUGCGAUCGUGUUUCAUCAGUCGAGGGCGAGGUGGUAGCUUUGCUGAUGUGGUUAUCUCCUGUGCUUGACUAGGUCAGGAGCUCACCGGAGCUGAGUACCGGCACCUCAAAUCUUCUAGAGCUCCUGUUCAUCUUAUAGAAUAUUAGCUCAAAGAUAUUGUGGAGCUACUGCACCUAGAUAUAAACAGUACUGGCAUACAAAUUGAGUACCGGCGCCUAUGUCAGUCCAAGUCAAGCACUGGUUAUCUUCUGUAAUUUGUCACGAGCUUGAUCAGAUAAAGCUUUUUUGCACUCUUUUUGUGCCCCACUUGUUCUUGCUUUUUUGUUUAUCCAUCUUGAACAAUGCACACUCUAUGACCUGGAGAGUGAGUGCUGCGGGGGUUUCCACUAAGCCAAUGUCCCUUUUUCGUUACCGUAGUGUACCACCGAUUUGGGUCUUGUAGUUGUGGAAACGUCUUUGCUUGUGUCUUGUUGCUGUGGUUCUACUGGGGCUGUUGUUGAACACUGUUUUUUUUCAAUAAGCAACAUCCAUAAUUCAAACCGUCCUCCAUCAAAUAUUGAAGGGAGAGAUGGACCUGAGAGGCAGCGAAGCCGGCAGAGAGGAAGCAACUUAGCUAGCUUCAAACUUCUACUACUCGGCUAGCUUCGCACCACUACUACUUGACUAGCUUCGCACCACUACUACUUGGCUAGCUUCACACUCCUACUACUUGGCUCAACUGGCUCUCACAGUCUCGCGUUACAAUUAGACAUUCAUCCAUGUUUCUAAACAUCAAAUUUUGAAGUUGUUGCAAACUUCAAAUUUCUAAGUGUUUAAGGUUAAGUUUAGGCAUUAACUCUGGAUUUUUAAGGUUAGGGUGAAGUUUAGGUGUUAACACUUACCUUAACCAUUCAGAGUUAAGGUUUGGGAUAGGUUUCAAAUGAAAACUUUUUUUGCUAGAUUUGAAUUUCCAACCUUUGAAAUCAGAGGCCAAUGCCUAUUUGAAGAUAACAGCGCUCACUGUUGCCCUUGUGGCUGAUUUCCACGUCAUCUCCCAACGUCCUCGGACAUGUAUGGAUGUCGAAUACUGACUUGUAUCACGGGUGACCUGGCUGACUUGGCUAGCUUCACACUUCUACUACCUGGCUAGCUUUACACUUCUACUUUACUUCCUAUUUUGUUUCUUUCUAUCUUUUCCCCCCAAAACUCUUUCAGUUGCUCACCUGCAGCUUUGCCCAAGGCAUUCUCUCUUCAUACAGAGAGAGUGAGACACAGUAGCCUAUGUUUCGUUUGGGGUAUUCCUUAAAAUAAUUACUGCAUUUCCUCUUGUAAUGUCAAAUGGUAUUUUUUUCUUCAGGUCUCAGUAUCUGGAUCCAACUCCGAUAUUCACCCAGCACAUCCCCUCAAAACCUCCUCAGAUAAUAACUAACCUAGAAGAGAAGUAACUGUCAUGUGACCCCCAUCCCUUUCAAUAGCAUCUCCCGUUCCUGCAGCUGUACAGUCAGUCGUGUGUUUGUAUUGCAUGUUCAACAGACGCUAUACUUGUUCAAAUGCAGUGUUGUAACCACAUGGAAAAGCAGCACAAAACUAAAAAGCUAUAUAGUGAAUGAUACCCUGAAUAAGAGGCCAUUCUCAUGUUCAAAAACACAUAACGCUUCAUAUGAAGAAAAAAAAAACAUUCAAAGGGACCACAUAAGAAAAUCUAGCCCUUGGCCUUACUGGGUCGAAGAUGAUAAUGCUUUCAUAGCAAAUAGCUCAGCAUCAAACUGUUUCUCUCUUUCUAUUUCUCUGGGCUCACUGACUGAAUGGAAUCGUUUAUUUUGUGAUGUGCAAUCUCCUGACACCGUGCAGCACUGAAAAUACAGCAUCAUAUACAAAGAAACCCAUGCCAGAGAGAAUUGACUGGGGGUAAUAAAGAAUACCAGAGUUCAAUUCCCUUUAAAAUCCCAUCAAUUCAGGAAGUAGACUAUAAUUCCAAUGCUUUUCAAUUUGGAUUUGGAAUUUGCUUUAGGUUCUGAAUUGAAUAGCAUUGAAAUGAAACUGACCCCAACCCUGGAGAAUACAGUAGUUCCCUCUCUUCCUUCAAGCUCUCUCCAGGGCCCAUAUUCCCAAAGUAUCUCAGUGUAGGAAGGCUGAUCCUAGAUCAGCACUCCUGUUUUGAGAAACUUUAUAAAUAUGGGCCCAGUUCUCACUCUCACACUCUCUCUCUCUCUCCAUCUACACGGUGCUAUUGUAUCAUGAGUUUGAUGGUUUAAGUCCUAUGAGAUUGUGUGGCAAUGUUUCUUUAUUUGAAAAAAAAAGAUUAUUAUACAGAGGCAGUGUUUUGUUUUUACGCACAACUAAGGUUAUAUAGGCCAUCCAAGGGUAUAUAGGCCAUACAGUACAGUAAUUCCUUUGGGCAUGAAAGUUAUAACCUAAUUCCAGAUCUGUAUGUGCUUAGGCCAACUAUUAUUUGUCAUGCUGUUGGAUAAAAGCACAAAGUGAUCUGGGGUCAGGCUAAGUAAAAGUUGUAAUUGACCGUGUCGAGUUAACCGGCAACAUUCUAUUACUCACAGUGAAGAACAAACUCAAUGUAAAUAUAUAGGUCUUUGCACAACUAUCUCCAUGUCCGUACCAUGUGAUCUUUACUCAAAACAAAAAAAAAAGAAUGAUGGAAAAAAUAACUUUAUAUAUGUUUUACAAUUCUUUGUCUCUAACAAAUUGCACUUAUUUAAAGAUCAUUUUUUUUGUGUUCUGGUUUGAAAGAGCUGUUUUCAUGCUCUAUGGCUUGAAAGGCCAAGAUAUUGUAUAAUAUGUAUAUGUAUUUGUAUUCAUAUGCGUAUAAAUAUAUGUCUAUGUAAUUA